UUAAAUCUUAGCAGACGCACUGAAACACACAAAUAAAGAAAGACAAGAAAACAACAUAAGUAUAUACAAAGCCAUGUCCUCAUCUAUAUACUCAUAUGUUGUCCUCUUCUUCUUAUUUUCCAUCGUCCCAUACAUCCAAAGCCAACCUAUUGCUCCAGCUCCGACUACUGAAACAAGUCCCAUCAAUCUCACAGCGAUUCUUGAAACUGGUCACCAGUUUACUACAUUCAUGCGACUCCUCAACACAACUCAAGUCGGAUUUCAGGUAAGCGUUCAACUCAAUAGCUCUGAUCAAGGGAUGACUAUAUUUGCUCCAACAGAUAACGCAUUCAACAACCUUAAACCCGGAACCCUAAACGGACUCACAUACCAACAACAAAUCCAGCUUAUGCUCUACCAUAUCAUUCCAAAAUACUACUCUCUAAGUGAUCUUCUCUUAGCAAGUAAUCCCGUUAGAACUCAGGCUACGGGACAAGAAGGAGGCGUCUUUGGGUUAAAUUUCACAGGGCAAGCACAAAGCAACCAAGUGAAUGUUUCAACCGGCGUUGUUGAGACUCGGAUCAGUAAUGCAUUACGACAACAGUUUCCUCUAGGCAUUUACGUCGUGGACAAGGUGUUGUUGCCGGAAGAGUUGUUCGGAACAAAGAACACACCCACGGGAGCUCCGGCCCCGAAACCCAUUACUUCGUCGCCUGAUGCCGAUUCUCCGGCUGUUGAUGAAGAGCACAAAUCCUCCGGAUCAAGUGUGAAGAGGACAAGUCUAGGGGUUGUUCUUGGCUUUGUAUGGUUUUGUUGUUCGGUUAUAUAUAUUUUUUUGAAGCUUUAACUAAAAGCUGAGAAACAUUCCCAAGUAACAACUAUUUUAUUUGCAUGAUUGAUUUGAUUCACCUAUGUGUUGGAAUAUCUGCUUUGUAGUAAUUUUCUUAAUCUUUUUAUGUUUGUCAACAAAUGAGAAUUGUUUUUAUUACAAAAAGAAAAAAAGAUGAGAUA